CAAACAGUGUCUAUAUUGGAGUUAACUGGCACAACAUGAUUCCGAAAAUGAGAAAAGUCAUAAUUCAAUGGAUAUCAUUACCAAGAUUUAAUGAAACUUACUCAAAUUAUGGAGACUUUCCCGUUCAAUCACUAAUUUCCAUCUUCUCUUUCUUCCGAUUAUCCAUACAACUAAUUCGAAUCCAAUUCUAUUUAUUAAAACCACCAUUAAUCUCUCUCUCUCUCUCUCGGGGCUCAAAGAGGAAGAAGCUGAGAGCAUAGAGAAUGAAGAGAAAUCCUAAAGCUCGUUCAUCUCUUCUUCUUUUCUCUUUAUGUAUCUUGCCGUCGCUUGUUCAUAUCCAUGGAAAGAAGCUAGGAGACGCUCUUGAUUCUCUGCACAAAGCGAAGUAUGGUGAGUCUGGGAUUGACGCAAGCUUUUUUCAGGUGAGCGACAACUAUGAAAAUCUCCAUUCUAGGGUUUAUCAUCAAGAAGGAUUGAAGGAGAAAGAUAGGAUCGAAAGGUUGCCCGGACAACCGCCGGUUGAAUUCGAUCACUAUGGUGGUUAUGUCACUGUCGAUGAAUCAGCCGGUCGAGCAUUUUAUUAUUAUUUUGCCGAAGCGGUGCAAAAUAAGCACUUGAUGCCGCUUCUUAUAUGGUUUAAUGGAGGUCCCGGUUGCUCAUCUCUCUAUGGAGCAAAGCAGGAACUCGGACCGUUCAGAAUCCAAAGCGACGGGAAGACUCUCUACAGAAAUAAAUUUGCAUGGAAUAGAGCCGCAAACGUGUUGUUCCUAGAGUCUCCGGUUGGGGUCGGUUUUUCUUAUUCUAACACAACGUCGGACUAUAGAACGAACGGAGACAGCAAAACAGCCGCGGACAACUAUGUAUUCUUAUUAAAUUGGCUGGAGAGGUUUCCCGAGUACAAGAACAGGGAUUUUUACAUUUCAGGCGAGAGCUACGCGGGUCAUUUUGUAACGCAGCUCGCUCACAACAUCCUAUCCAACAACAAGGCGGCAAACAAGACCCUUAUCAACCUCAAAGGGAUUAUAGUUGGAAACGCAGUACUCAACGAUGAGACCCACCGGAGUGCGAUAUAUGAGUAUUUUGCUACGCAUGCAUUGAUAUCCCAAGAAACAUGGUACGCAAUUCAAAAGUAUUGCAACUUUUCACUAGAUGCCAGCAAAAGAGGAAGCCAAUGCAAUUCGGCAACGUCGGAAGCAGAUAGAGAUGUUUCCUAUAUCGACACUUACGAAAUCUACGCCCCUCCGUGCUUGUCCAACCUGACUGCUCAUCCCAAGAAGACCAACAUCAUGGACUUUGACCCGUGUGGCGAGCUGUACCUGCAGGCGUACCUGAACCGAGAAGAUGUGCAAGAGGCGCUUCAUGCUAACGUGACGAAACUCGAUUACGGCUGGGACACGUGCAGCAGUGUUAUCGAGGGCUGGCAGUGGGGCCCUUCCACCGUCCUGCCUCUCCUCCAAGAAUUCAUGUCCAAUGGCCUCCGUGUUUGGGUGUACAGCGGGGAUACGGAUGCAGUAGUGCCGGUGACGUCCACCCAGAGGUCUCUUAGCGAGAUGAGCCUCCCUACGAAGAGUGCAUGGCGUCCUUGGUUCCUUGGGGGCGAGGUCGGAGGGUACGUGCAAGUGUACAAGGGAGACUUGACGUUUGCGACGGUGCGAGGAGCGGGGCAUAUGGUGCCGAGCUAUCAGCCCAAGAGAGCACUCUCUCUCAUCUCUCGCUUCCUUGCUGGUUCUCUACUCCCAUAUAAAUAGAACCUCAAGUGCCUGAAGAUGAUGGAUUAAUGCUCGAGGACUCACUUUUCUCUCCAUUUUCUCCUUCUUUCUUUGGUAAUUAAUAAGGGCGCGCACGGAAUUCUUCAAUUAUUUAGAAAUUCAAGAACUUCAUUGUUUCUCUUUUAACAAAGAUAUUGAUGUGGAGUGGAAUGUGAAAGUAGAGAAAAUUGGCAAAGA